AUGGCGUACGAGAGCAAACCGGGCACAGGGAGCAGUUAUGAUCAGAGUCUACUGGCGAAUGCACCGGAGGUGACGAGGGCUGAGAAGCAGGAAGGCUACAACGUCGACCUCCUCGAAGAAGGUCGCCCCCGCGGCGCCGCCUCCCCCGCCAUAGCCCACACAUCCGACAACCUCGACCCCUCCUCCACCUCCCGAGCCUUCGAAGGCCCAGGGCCCCGCGGCGCAGGUGGCUACACCCGCACGCUCGAUUCCGACCCAACCACCUACCCCGCCAACGGCACCACCAACCUCGGCACCAAACGCCCAUGGUAUCGGACCCGAACGGGUAUCAUCGCCAUCGUCAUCAUCGUGCUCGUCAUUAUCGGCGCGGUCGUGGGUGGUGCGGUUGGCGGUACGAGACAUAAGAGCUCGAAUAAUGCGGUGGUGCCGAGCCCGACCGCGAGUGCGAGUUCGAGUGCGAGUGGGGCGAGUAGUGCGGAGAGUGCGGGUGCGACUUCGACGGGGUCGGAGUUUCCGGGGAGUGUGGGUGUUGGGACGGCUGCGGCGUCGACGACGACGAGCGAUGGGCAAGGCGUGGGAGAGAGCAAUGGGUCGAGUACUGCGGCGGCGACGCCGACACCGUCGUUCGAGGCAGGACAGGGCACGUCAUGA